CAGAGAUCUAUAUUGUAAUUUAUUUUUUAAUGUGAAUCUACAAACAUGAACAAAAUUUUAUGUAAUUGGAUAACAUCACAUUCCUGAUUCAUUGGGAGAUGUCAUUUUCGAACAAGAUUUCCUGGUUUACGUCGUUACAUUUUGAAUACAUCCAAGGUGAAAGCUGUGGCUACGUCGUCUUGGUCAUUAACAGCCCGAUCCACAAAUCAGUCAGCCCAUGAUUGUUUUGGAGCAUAUAAUCUUGAAUUUGUAGUACUGAAAUCCAAGGAGCCAAAAGUUAUAUAUAUCAGUUUAGUUUAAGUCGAUCAAAUUAAUCUUAAACCUGUGUAGUGUAAGGAUAAACUGACAGUCUGGACACAUCCAUAUCCACGGUAUAUAGACCAGAGGACAAAAAGAAGAGGAAAUAUUCCGGCACUAUAGGGAGACAGUACUGCCUCAUUAUUAGUGGAGGACGACUUUGGUAAAGCCCAAGUAUUCUCAAACUAUUUUAGCAAUUUAUAUACCGUGAAAACACCCUUUCCGUCAGUCCAUAAAAAUCCCCACACACACACUGGCCAGCAUGAACAUUGAAGAACUCGAUGUCUUUGGUCUGGUAAAUAAGCUUGACAUAAGCAAAUCCACGAGACCCGAUGGACGGCAUCCUAGGUUACUAAAGGAAUUAGCUUCAUUGAGUAUAUGCCUUAAUCUAUCCGUAACUCAGGGUCGUUUACCAAAAGACUGGAAGAACGCCAUAGUAAGUCCUGUCUUCAAAACAGGUACGAAACGUAAACCUGAGAAUUACCAACCCGUUAGCCUAACUAGUGUGGUUGUUAAGAUUUUAUAGAAGAUUAUCCAGAAGGAGCUGUUUAAGUAUCUCGAUGAGAACCGGAUCCUUUCGGAAAAGCAACAUGGUUAUAGAAUAGGAUAUUCCUGUCUCACUAACUUAUUAGUGGUUCGUGAAAACUGGUGCGCUCUUAAGGACCAAAAUUUACCCGUAGACGUAGCCUACAUUGACUUCGGCAAAGCAUUUGACAACCGGCUGUUAUGUAAGUUAAGAAAUGUCGGGGUUGGAGGAAAUCUAUUGACGUGGAUAAAAUACUUCCUAGUUGGGCGCCAACAGAGUAUGGGAGAACUCCAAGUUGUCUAACUGAGAAACUGCUUAGUAGAGUGCUCCAGAGUACAGUUUUGGGGCUAGCGUUAUUCCUCUUGUAUGUAAAUGACCUUCCUCGUCUCCUAUUAUCAUCGGUCUUGCUAUAUGCUGACGAUGUCAAGAUAUGGAGAACGAUACGAUGUGAGGGUGAUAGCUUAGAACUCCAAAAUGACCUGGAGAAAUUAUCUGGAUGGUCUCAAACUUGGCAGUUGCCGAUAAAUACUUUCAAGUGUAUUGUGAUGCAUACCCAUCAUUAAGGCACAGGUACGUACAUGAUGAAUGACACUGUUGUCCAGGCACACAAUGUCUUAGGAGUCAUCGUUAGCCAUGACUUAAAGACGACUGCACGCUGCCGUGCGAUAGCCGCCAAAUGUUUUAGAAAUUUACGGUCAAUACGUGGGGCCUUUAGUCACGUCGACGCUAAAAGUUUUUUGACUUUGUAUACAGUAUUCAUGCGUCCUAAAAUUUAGAAUUGCACACAAUCGGCUAGCCCCUUCUUAAAAAUUAUUGUGAGACUUCGAAGAGGUUCAGAGAACAGCAACUAAGCUGAUUCCCGGGAUAGCGAAGCUCCCGUAUGAUGCUCGGCUGGCUCAUUCAGUCAGUCGCAACGUAUAUUUUCGUACGUUCGUAAUUCAGUCUGAGUUGCCAUACCACAUUAACACAGAGAUACAAUUGUCGAUUCACAUCCCAUAGUGGUAGAGGUAGUAAGAGUAUAAGCAGUAAUCGGAUACAUCAGGGUUGGGAGAUGAUAUUUAAGGAGUAUAAUCCAGUGAAAUAAAUUUGGAAAGAGAAAGAAAGAAAACAUGAAUAACCGGUCUAUACCGCCACGUCCAGGUUGAAAACCAGCAAGUUUUUCUCUAGUCUGCUCUUCACGAGCUUUAGUUAGGCGUCGAUGUAGUAUUGAAGCUAAUAUUUUAGACACUAUAUUAGUCAAACUGGUUCCUUUAAGAUUGUCACAAGAGGACUGUUUUUCCUUUCUUAUAGACUGGCACGAUCCGUGAUUGAGACCAGUCAGAUGGGAUUAUGUCCGGUUCCCAGAUCCUACCUAAGACCUCAGUCACUCUCACUCCUAAUACUGGACCGCCAUCCUUAAAAAUUUCAGGGGUGAACCUGUCGGGGUCCGCUGCUCUCCCACGCUCUAGAUUCUCCAUAGCUUUUUCAAUUUCGUAAACAGUUGGAGGACUUACAUCAACUCGCCAUUCAGGUCGAAUGGAAAUAGUGGGAAACCGAAGUGUGGCUGAAGGCCAGUUCAACCGAUCCCUAAAUUGUUCUGCCCAUUUAUCUAAUUUCCUGGAUUGAGAGUGAAUAAUAUGUUAGGAUUUUCUCACGAGGUCGAGUGAUUUCAGGGCAAUACAGCCUGCUGCCUUUAAACGAGAUUGCCUGCUUAGCACAUCUAGCUAACCUUUGAGAUUAUCUAGGCAUCCCCUUAAACUAAGACCACUGAGAAAACCGCACAAAUUGCGUCAUAACUUUACUUAAGCAAUUUGAUGCAUACAAGGAAACAUUUCUGAAAAUAGUGCAAGUUUACUCAGUAGCCCUAAUAACACCAUUGCCCAAUUUCAAUAAACCAAAGGCUCAAUUUCACAUUUCAGAUGGCGCUUAUGACAUACCAGUACAGCAAACGGUGGUUAGUAAAACGCUUGUUGACUACACUGAAGGCUAUGAGGAAUUAAAAUGAACGCAACAUAGGCAAGGGUGAACGGGGAACAUCCCGACCUGCAACAGAGCAGCCUAGUGCUGGAAACCGGCGAUAAUCACAAUAUUAACAUGAAAAAAUAGUGUGAAAAACCAACGUUUUGAGACGAUGGAUUUGAUUUUUGACAUUCGGAAAAUACAAAUCUACAACACUCGGUAAAAGUAUAAUAUACAGACGACCUUGGCGACUUACCAGCUAAUCAGGAAACUCUAUCCAGUUAUAAAACAGUUAAUACAAAAUAAUAAUAAUACCACACAAUCAACCUACAACAUUCCUCCUAAAUGGAAAACGAUGGGGAAUUUUAUUCAGCUUCUCGUCACAACAUUAGCAAUACAAAUGUAGUCAAAAGAAGCAAACUUGGUUGAUUCUAAGCAACUACAACUCCACCGAAACUGCAAACUAGACGGAGCGAAAUGAUGAACAAAAUACAGUAUUCAUGUUGUUUUGCUGUGACCUCGGAAAGGACGCAGAUCGCGCCACUAGCUCAAAGAUUUGAUUGGUUGUCAGGAUGAGUGGAGAGAAAAUAUGCUAUGCCCACAAUCAUAGUGACUAAGCCAAUAGGGAGCUGGAUGUCACACCAGCAGCGACCAUACCUGUCUAAUUAUUCCGUUUACCAAUCGGAAUACGAUUACGUGGGUGGAGUAUGUCGCGUCCAAUAGAAUGCCACUGAAGCCAACUUACUAAAUACAAACCAAUCACAUAACAGUUAGGUCGUUUUGUGGACAAACGAUCUGUAUAUCACUGUAAUUCUGAUCUCGUUAGCUGCGGUGUGCGUUGACUAUCUUGCUGGAGAUGGGUGACGGAUCCAGGAAGGCUGUUAUCAAAAAUGCAGAUAUGUCUGAGGAAAUGCAACAAGAUGCGAUAGAGGCAGCAACCCAAGCAUUUGAAAAGUACAACAUCGAGAAAGAUAUUGCUGCAUAUAUUAAGAAAGAAUUCGACAAGAAACAUAAUCCAACGUGGCAUUGUGUCGUUGGGAGGAACUUUGGGAGCUACGUAACACAUGAGACAAAACACUUUAUUUACUUCUACGCUGGACAAGUUGCAAUCCUUUUGUUCAAAUCCGGUUAAUAUGGAAUGCAUUUAGUGAUUAUGCUAACAUUAUAAAGUUUGUAUUUGAUUAUAAUUGUUUUUUUUUUUAAUAAACGGAAUACACCCGUUAAGAAAUUAAAUGAGAAAGAUUGGUGCUGAACUAAUCUUAUAUAAUUGUUUUACUAUGCGUUGAAGUAGUGACAAUAUGUAUGUACACACUAAAUUCUGCUCGCUAAGUGGAUGGCAAUCUAAUUGCGCAUACCGCGUCAUUUGAUCAGUUUUCCUGAUAUUUGAUUACAUGUGGUCAUCUCAGUGCCGAAUAUUAAACAAAAACGUUGCAUAAUGAGAAAUAGUAGUGGUUUCGUGCACGUGGCCAUGUGACAGCAUUUUGAGAGGGGGACCUGCGUCUCCCCACUCACGUGGACAGCCAAUUAGUCAACUACAACGUAGGAUCAGGGACAUAUAUACAUCGGUCCAAGUUUCCACUCUCCACCAGCCAUACAAUAACAUAGAACUUCGUACAUCAGUCCGAGUUGCCAUAUCACAUCAAAACAGAGAUACACUUGUCGAUCCACACCCAUAGUGGUAGAGGUAGUAAG